AUGGCUCAACAAGUCACCCAGAAGAAGCAGCAAGAGCUUCAACAGCAAUAUGAAAACUACAAGACAGGCCUACAACAGGUAGCCUCCAAGAUUGGUGACGUAGAGACGGAAGCAGAAGAGCACAGACUUGUUCUGGAAACUCUCGAACCCCUUCCGGCGGACCGCAAGUGCUUUCGGAUGAUUAAUGGUGUGCUGGUGGAGCGGACGGUGAAAGAUGUCGUGCCGGCGCUGAAAACAAAUUCCGAGGGCUUGAAGAAGGUGCUGGAAGAGCUUAUGAAGCAGUAUCGGAGUAAGCAGGCCGAGAUGGAGACUUGGAAGAAGAAGAAUAAUAUUCAGGUUGUUGCCAACUGA